UGAGCAGCGGGCGUUGUACAGACAGCAUCCGAGUGUCGCUCCGUUGUACGUUGCUGCCCGUCAGAACUGAUCUUUCUCGUGUGCGGUGUGGUAAAAAUCAGUAGCGUUCCGUGGUCUUAUGCGAAGACAUGACGAGGAAACAGGGUGUGGCUCUGUUGGUCUCGGCCACUCUGGCGUGCUGCUUUGUGCUGCCAUCGAAUGGCGCCAACAUCCUGGCCAUAUUUCCCAUGGGUGGCAAAAGCCACUGGAUCGUGUUUCGAGAGAUGCUGGUGGAGCUGGGCAGGAGGGGCCACCACCUCACCGUGGUCACCCCCUUCAAGGAGGAACACAAGAACUGGGAGCUUCUCAAAAUGGCCGACCCUGUUCUUGAUUUUGGAGGAUUCACUUUUCUCUCCUUCGGCAGCCUUCCACCUGCUCUACAAAUCAUGUUUAUGCUUUACGGCUCUGCCGACGAGUGUCGGAAGUAUAUGGAAGACGAAGCCAUGCGGACCUUGAUCGACUCCCGGGACCGGAAGUUCGACCUCGUCAUACUGGAGACGUUCUUCAACGAGUGUCUGCUCGCCUUCGCGCACAAGUUUGGGACUCCAGUCGUGCAGGCGGUCGCUUUAGGCGGUGGAGCCACCUGGAUGAACGACAUGGUCGGGAACCCCUACCCGCUGGCCUACGUCCCUGAAACCUGCCUACCGUACACCAGCAACAUGAACCUCUUCCAGCGUGUCAACAACGUCUUCACCGCAUCGCUUUUCAGACUUUACCGCCAGUUCUUUUAUCUCCCAGCUAUGGACAGAGCGGUCAAGGAGUACUUCAAAGACAUCACGGUGCCUCCUGUAGCGGAACUAGAGCGGAAUACUUCCCUCUUGCUGCUCAAUUCGCACUUCAGCUUCCAAUACGCGAGGCCGUUCGUACCAAACGCCGUGGAGGUCGCCGGUAUGCACAUCACGCCCCCUAAGAAACUUCCACAAGACCUGCAAAAAUUUCUGGAUGCUGCAACAGACGGUGUGAUCUACUUCAGCUUGGGUAGCAACGUACAAAGUGCAGACUUGCCAGAAGACAUAAUUAACGUCUUCCUCGGUGUGUUCUCCAAGCUCAAAGAGAAAAUCAUCUGGAAGUUUGAAACAGAUACUCUCGCCAAUCCGCCAGACAACCUCAAGAUUGGAAAAUGGUUUCCUCAGAGUGACAUACUAGCUCACAAAAAUAUAAAGUUGUUUAUGACUCACGGAGGAAUGAUGGGUUUGCAAGAAGCUCUCCAUAAUGGCGUGCCUCUACUUGGAUUUCCUGUGUUUGGUGACCAGACACCAAAUCUUAUGAAAGCACAAGACUCUGGAUACGGCAUCAUGCUCAACUUUAACAAUGUCACAGAAGAAUCUUUGAGUUGGGCUCUAAAAGAAAUUCUCACAAAUCCAAGAUAUAUGGAGAACGCAAAAAAGUACUCUAGGCUGUUCCACGACCGACCGGAAAAGCCUCUGGAUACGGCCAUCAACUCCAUAGAGUACGUACUGCGCCACGGUGGGGCCCGCCACAUGCGGUCUGCGGCUCUGGACCUGACGUGGUACCAGUACUUGCUGCUAGAUGUCAUCCUCUUCCUGCUGGCGUGCGCAGCAGCAGCUGUAGCGGCAGCAGUCGUGGCAGUGAAGGUCAUUGUGAGGCUUAUUUCCAGCAAGGGUGGCUCAGCCUCAAAGAAGGGGAAAGGAGCUAAGAAGGAUUAGAAGCUGUCAAGUUGAGGUCCCAGGGACCUAUAGACGCUGCAAGCUGUAGGAUGGAUCGAAGUGAAGUCUGCCAGCUGCAGAGUGAUUAGAGAGGAAAUGAGACACCAGUGUUCGAUAUUUAUUUAUUUUUCUUGGAGCAGAAGCUACCUCUUGAUGUACAAACGGACACAAAAUAAAGUGGUACAAGAAUACUUUAUGUUCGUCUCAAAUAUCAGAGGAAACCAUGGAGUGACCUAAUGCAGACUGUUCACUAAUUAAUAAUUGUUCAAAACAAAUACUUUUCGUAUUUUCUACUUACUUACAGAAGUUUUAUAUGUAAUUACGUUUUUGUACUACAUAACUGAGAUUGCUUUAGGUGCUAUGUACAAUAUUCAAAAAGUAAAAACACUAGAAUAUUACAAUAAAAAUAUAA